AUGGGCUUAUUUUCCUCGAAGUUCGACCCCGCUAGCCUGCCGGAUUUGAAGGGCAAGGUUGUGCUCAUCACUGGCGGCGCCGCGGGGAUUGGGUUCGCCGUUGUCCAGCAUCUGGCACGUAGAGGAGCCAAGAUUUAUAUCGCUGCACGUACGCAAGACCGGGCGGGCGAUGCGAUUCAACGCCUACGUGCUGCCGGACUCGGUCCUGGCAAUGGCCAACUCGCACAUGUCGAGCUUGAUCUUGCCGACCCGAGGGUUGCAAAGAAAGCUGCAGAAGAGUUUAUGGCGAAAGAGGGGCGUUUAGACAUCUUAAUCAACUGUGCUGCCAUCUACAUUGGACACUUCGUGUUUACUCGCACCCUCAUGCCAGUGCUUAAACGUACUGCGAGCGAACCAAAUAGUGACGUUCGCAUUGUUCACGUUUCAUCGGACGGCUUUGAUGCUGUCCGGCACUCGGUGCAAUUUCGUACGAUCGAGGACUUCAAUAACGAGUACAAAGACAAUGUCUUCCCUUGGCCGUCCCUCAUGAGAUACUGCUAUAGCAAGUUGCUGAUUAUGCUCGCUGCAGCUGAACAGCAGAGACGGCUGGACGAUGAGGGGGUACCAAUCCUUGUGAUGACGACCCAUCCCGGUGCAAUCAACUCCGAUGGUGCACAGAAAUGGAUCGACUCGUUUGGACCGGGACUCCUUGGAGCUAUCGUAGCGUUCUUCAUCAACUUGGUAUUCAACACGCCUAUUAAGGGUGCAUAUAGUACUGUCUUCGCCGCAGCUGCACCCCAAGUCCGCGCGGAACCACGAAAGUAUCGCGCUGCUUAUAUCAAGCCUCCGUCCGAAAUUUCCCCAGUGGCCGAGAGGGCGCGAGAUCCAGCGAAGGGUAAGGAGCUAUGGGAAAUGACGGAGACAUUCUUGGAUGAAAUUGGGGUGUAG